AACCCACUUUCAAUUUAAUCAGCUGUUGCCCCUCCGUUCAAGGCCAGGAAAGCCACAUCCUCUUGUUCGUAUUUUUUUCACAGUCAUCGUGACACUCUCAUAGCACUUUCAACAUGGCAGCGCUAGCGAUAAAGUUCUCCAGCGUUCUGGCAAGAAAUUCAGCCAAAUCUAAGCUACUGUCUCAGUUUUUAGUGCCCAGAGUCGAGAAAUGUCUGAGGGCUUUCACCACGUCGCUUCCAAUAUACAAAAAGGAGAUGUGCGUGCGAGGGAACCUUGGCUUGCUCAACGUGCCAUCUCAUAUUUAAGAAGGAGGACUUCGACAGAAUAGAAGAGCCCUCGACGGAUGAGGAGCUGGAGAUUAAGAACGUGUCUCUGGCUGGCUGUGGCUUCCUAGCAUUAUACCUUUUAGGUGCAAUCAAAUGCUUGUUGACUGUCUGUCCCCAUGUCCUGAAGGAGACUGUUAUUUCGGGAGCAUCUGCAGGAGCCCUGAUUGGCUCAGCACUGAUCUGUCAGGUACCUAUUGAUGAUGUGAGAUAUCAGUUCCUGAAUGCGGCUGUUGAGGCCAGAAAGUGGGCAAUGGGGCCUUUCAGUCCAGGGUUCAAGUUUGAGGAUUACCUUAGGGCAGGCAUCGAGCUGUUACCUCCUGAUGCCCACCUGAGGGCCAAUGGGCGGCUCUUUGUGUCACUUACAAGAGUUCGGGACAUGUCUAAUGUGAUUGUAUCUGAGUGGGACUCUCGCGAAGACCUGGUUCAAACGCUAAGAUGUGCUUGCUACAUCUUGGGGGCAUCGGGGAUGGUUCCACCCACCCUACAUGGAGAAUGGUUCAUUGAUGGGGGAUACAGCAACAGGCAACCUGUGGUCAGCAAAGAUGCUCUCACCAUCAGUCCAUAUGCAGGAGAUGCAGACAUAUGCCCAGAUGAAGAGCCGACACGCAGGAAGGUGAGCUGGGCCAACCACACAGUCAAUAUGUCCUAUAGCAACACACUGCGCUUGUACCAGUCCCUGAUGCCUCCUGCACCCCACAAACUCAACCAGUACCAUACUCAGGGUUAUAGAGAUACAUGGCGGUACUUGCAAAGAAUGAAAUCGAAGCUGAGAAGUAACUGAGCAAGACUUUGUAUAUUGCACCCGUCUAAAAAAUAUUAGGUGGUUAGUCAGGAAGAUGUGAUACUAAUGAUUAUUUGUAUUGUGAAGUAGGUGAUUGUAGAUAUGUA